UGUGUGAAGUGUAAUCACUGGAUGCAAAUCAGUGCCGAGUGUUAAGGGCACCCAAGGCAAAACUCCAUCCGUGAUCUCUCCCCAUGCUGGGGCCAGAAUUCGCAUAGAUAAACUGAAGAGCAAUGAACAAAUGACCAUGCAGAACUUACCGUCAUGCAACCACUAUGUCGUAUUUUUCUUCAUACAGGCCAUAUUUGCCAUGAUUGCAUUUUCUUACUACAAAACUCCCAAGUAUUGCUCCCAUACCUCCAAUCCAGAUUACCAGACACUUUCACCGGACGCCUCAAAAGAACAUCCAUUGGUUAUUUUGCUGUGGACUUGGCCAUUUGGAUCUCGUUUUCCUUUAAACAAAUGCAAGAAACCCUCAGAACAAGGAUGUUGGUUCACGGAUGAUCGUGAAAAGUAUUCCACUGCAAAUGCUGUUAUUUUCCAUCACCGAGAUGUGUGUGGCUCCAGAAGUCAGUUGCCCCAGAUACCCAGACCCCCGGGCCAGUAUUGGGUGUGGUUCAACUUAGAAUCCCCAAGCCACAGUCCAAACCUGGGUAUGAUGGACAAUCUGAUGAAUCUAACUAUGUCCUACCGAGCUGACUCUGACAUCUUUACGCCUUAUGGAUAUCUUUUGCCGGACAAAAGUAACCAAAAUUUUACUAUUCCAGAAAAGUCAAAGCUUGUAGCUUGGGCCGUGAGUAACUGGAAUCCUGGAUCAAGACGGGUGCAGUUUUAUGAACAGAUAAAAAAAUAUAUAAAAAUUGAUGUGUUUGGGAGACAGCAUGAAUCUUUACCAAACGAGAAGCUUUCUGAAACGAUAUCUCAGUACAAGUUCUAUUUCUCCUUUGAAAAUUCAAUUCACAGGGACUACAUUACAGAAAAGCUCUGGAGAAAUGCAAUGUUCUUUCGGUCUGUACCCAUUGUUCUUGGGCCACCUCGGGAGAACUAUGAACGAUUUAUUCCACGUGACGCCUUCAUCCAUGUGGAUGAUUUUACUAAUGCAAGUCAAAUGGCUGACUACCUUCUGCAGCUGGACAAAGACAAUGAGAAAUACCAACAAUAUUUCAACUGGAGGUCAAGAUACAAGCCAAAACAUGAUAAUCAGUGGUCUGAUAAUUACUGUGCGGCAUGUAACGUAUUAAAAGAAGCCCCAGCAUUUAGAACUAUAACAAGCCUGGGGAAAUGGUUUACAUGACAGCGUUAGGUCAUCUA